CGAAGUGUUACUAUAGCAACCAUUUAUCAACAGGCUGCUGUGGAUGUAGCUAGCUAGCUUGCCGUAUCGGUACUAGCGUUAAUUAACUGUAGUUGAGGAUAAAUAACUUUCUGUCGGUAGAAAUGUCUCGAGCUCACGCAGAAAGCGUGAUUAAAAACAUAAUUGUUGAGCUAGUGCAGGAGUGUGCGGUGAGAGGUCAUGUGGUGUCGGAAACCCUGGUGGCUUUCAUGGUGAAAGCUGUUGUGCUGGACCCGAGGAACGGGUUUAAUGUGGAUCGCUUACUGACCAAACAGGACGUCCAGAAACUUGUAGAGCUGUGUCUGGCAAAACUAAUGGAAAAGUGCAGCCCGUCCCUUGACACAAUCAAAAUGCAAGUGUAUUUUGAUAUGAAUUACACCUCCCGGCGUGAGUUUCUUGAGGAAAUACAUCGGGUGGUGGAGUCCAGGCUGAGUCCAGUGAGCAGAGAGAUCACCGACAGCAGAGUGAAAAGACGGGAGGAAUUAGACGCUUUGUACCUUAAAAUCAUCACCUUUGUCCAGCUGUCCACCAGCAUGGGCUCACCUAAAGACGACAAGGCUGUGCAACAGGCUACAGCUGCCCUGCAGAGUGUCUUCCCUCCGAUGGAACUGGGAGCCUUCAUGGUGCUCUUAAAGCGGGAAAAGGAGCAGCAGCUCAAAGAGCUCGCCAUGCUUGUCACAGGAAUCCGACUCUUCAACAAAGCCAGCAAGAAGGGAGGCGAGGAGACUGACGUCCAUGAACUAAUGCCCACAAUCCUUAUUGAAGCUCUUCCAGUCACCAUUAAAAACAUUGAACAUGAGCUCAGUGUAUCACAAAAUUUGGCAUGGAAAUACACAGCGGUGCUGGAGAAGCCAGCGGACCCUGACAGUCAGCCUGGAGAAUGUGACGUGCCAGUUGUCCUGCUCAAACGGGCUCUCUACAACAUCAGGCAGCAUGAAGUUUUCCUCAAAAUGUUACUGGCUGAUGCAUGUGUAUGUGCCAAGCAUGUUGAAAGCCUACAGACUGAGCUCUCAUCACAGAUGAAGCUGCUAAAAGAAACUGUGCAAUCAAAGACAGCUGUACCGACUGCAAGAGUUUUUCCACUGUUCAAGUCCCUGUCAAAGGUGUGGUCUGGACUUAAGGAUGAGGCUGAGCUGCUGAACAUCCUUAAUAACAUCAGGCACAAUCUGCAGCCCUUCAUCGCCUCUCAGGCCAAGAUGUUUUCGGAGGCUUAUUUGGACAGUCUGCUGGAGGCGUCAGAGGUGAAGACAGAUGAACAGAGAAUGACUGAAUCCUCAGAUGAGCGUAUUGUUCCUGCUGAGAUGGAGACACAGGAAUGGCUCCUUCCUGAAACAACAGCCAAUUUUAAUGAGCUGCCACUGCAGUAUAAUGGAUUCUGUGGCUACACGCUUGUGAACAGCGAUGGGCUUUUACUACCAGGUAAUCCACACAUUGGAGUCUUUAAACACAAGGAGAAGCUCUACGUUUUUAGGUCCAAAGAAGCUGCCUUAAAAUUUGCCUCCAGUCCGGGUGUUUUCAUUGCAGAGGUGGCAGAGAAAGCCAAGCACUCCCCUGAACUCAUUCAGCUACUCAAACUCCACCAACAAUUUUCCUGCGUCACUCCUUAUGAAGAGAUGCAGCCAGGAGAGAGGUUAUUGGUAAAGCCCAUCAAAAAGUGUGAGAGCGGCACACAGACAGACAUCCACCCAGUGGAAACAAACAUCGUCAAGUCAUACGAGUGGAAUGAGUGGGAGCUGCGUAGAAAAGCUAUCAAACUGGCUGAUCUCCUGACCAAAGUGACACACUCGGUGCAGACUGAUCUGAGCCACAUGAGACGGGAAAACGUCUCUCAGACCUGGCUGCCCAAGAACGCUGCCUCUCAAAGCAAGAGAGACAGCGAGAGCAACGUGCCCAAACCUCAGAUCUACCUGGCUGGUCUGAGGGGACAAAGAGACGGAAACAUGGUCAAAACAAACCUGACCAGGUCGGUGGAUGAAUAAUUAGUAAGUCCAAGAGAAAAACUCAAAUAAAAGUUUAUGUAAGCAAGGUUUUGUUUUUAACUUUACACUUUUUUAAGGAAAAAAGCAGGGGCAGAUAGGCAGUGUCCUUGAGUAAGAUCCUAGUAGCCAGAGGGUACUACUCCUGAGCCUCUCAGUACUUCCCUUAGUUCAUGUUAUGUAGAAAAUAUCCACUAGGUGGCAGUAAAACAUCUCACCAUUAACUGUUCUGUAUCAAAGGAAGAAGGAAUUGUUGAUGUGACAAUUUAAUCCGCACUACAUCCACCUGAUUUAUAAUAAGUAUAGUGGUCUCCACUCUUUGUUAGCACAUUAUUAUAACUCUAAUACAUCAGUAAAACUUUCUAAUUUUCAUAAAACAAAUGUUUGAUUGAAAAGUGCUUCCUUGCAUUAUUUAGAGCCACAGCUAUAUAUUUAAGACUUAAACUUGAGUCAGACUUAACUUACAAAAUCAGUAGUCUUUAUCCACAACGUUUCACUUCCGGGAUUGCUCCGGUGCUGCAGGAAACUCUUCCGGAUGCAUGUCUUUUUGCCGAUGACCUUUUCCUUCUGCUUUCUUUUUAACCUUUUUAAGACUUGACUGCUGUGAGACUCACUGUAGAUUAGACUUCCAAGAAACAACAUUUAAGUGUUGACCUGAUUAAAUUAACUGGCUACAAACCUCCGUUGUAUCAGCAGUAGUUGGUGUUUCAGUUAACUGAAAAUAGGUACAAAGCACCGCGAGCUGCCAGUUGUUUCAGCUGACAUUACAGUUAAAUUUACUCCCCAAAAUAUAAGUGUUUUCCUGCAAAGAAAAUUAAGAUUAGGCACCAAAAUGACUAGUUAAGAUUAGGAAAAAGAUUGUGGUUUGGAUAAAAACACUCUUAAGGAACACACAUUUCCUGGGUGAAGGGCUUUAGUUUUCCCCGGGAAGCAAACUCUGCUCUCCAACUUGAAAGUCCUGUAUGUUAACGCCCCCCCA